UGUGGGGUCCACAUGUGCAGAAUUACACAUGAGCGUGCUGGUCAUAUUAUUACAGCAGCAGUAAGUUGCAAGGAAGGAGGAGGAAGAGGAGAGAAGCAGAGGAACGGCAGCAGCAGCGUGCAGGCAGCAGCCGGACGCUGACUUGUUAGUAGUUCCCGAGAGAGAGGGACGUUUUUUGAGCUUGGUGGUGUUUCUGAUUCUUGGUGGUGCAAAUGCUGGAAGACAAACAGAAGACUGCAUCAGGCAUCAACAGUCAUGGAGUUUGGGUAUGUCACAAAUGUGGUUGGACGUAUCCGAACCCACAUCCGAGCGCCAAACACCGGCGGAACCAUAAGAAACACUGUGGAAAGCUUGGUAAUGUUAUUGUAUCGCCGCGAGAGCGCUCGAGUUCACCAGAUUCCGACGAUGAUUUACAUGAAGAAGAGCAUAGUUUCCCUGCCAAACCGGUGGUAGAUGCAGCUAAAAGCAAUGGAACACAAGAUCAAGUGGCGGAGAAAAGUGUAAUAACAGAAGUUCAUGAAAUAUCAAACAGAGUUGAAGAAGAAGAAUUUGCAGAUGCAGUUACAGAUUUCUCGGAGGCUUCACAAAGUCCCAACAAUGAAGUGGUUCAAGUCGGUCGCAAUGAUCAUCCUGGUUCUGUGAACAGGUCCUUAUCAGGAUCUCUAUUUCAUGAUCAUGAAUCUGUAGCAUUUAAAACGGAUAACCGUGAUAGAGGUACUGAAGGCCUAAUGGGACCAAAAUCGCCCGCUGGGUUUGAUUCCAUUGAAGUUUCUAGUUUGCAAAUUGAUUCAACUGAAUCUUUAAAGGCCGAGAGACAUGAAGACUCUGUUGGUUUAAUGGGGAAACCGGUCCAUAGCCAUGUGCAGCAUAUUGUCGGUCUGAGGAAAGAUGGUUUAGCUUGCAUCCUUGAACAGGACUCACCCAUCAAAGAAGCUUCCGACACUAUCGGUGGUGAUGCUUCAGUUAGUAUUCUGAACCAUAAGGGUGAAGGCCACGUUACACAGCAACAGAGCGAUCACCUUUUGGGAACAGAAGUGGAGCUGCCAGAGGUGUCAAUGUCAUCAUCGGAUCUUUCAGCAUGUCUGACAACAGAUUUAGUGGAACCCAAAUGCACGAGCAGCUCAACUUCAUCAUUGCCUGGUGCUGCAGAUAUGGAGACUGAGAAUGGGCCUCCAAAGAAUACAAUGGCUAAAAUUUGUGAGCAUGAUAAAGGACAUGCAGAAAGUGAAAUUGAGAUUGAUAUGUCUCAUAAGUAUUGGGAAGGAACAAAUGAGAGUAGAGGUUUCUUAGGCUACCGUUAUGAGAAAGUUGUGAUGCCCAGUUGUCUGGAGGCGUCCACUGAAAUUGAUGACCCUUUAAAGGUUAGUGUUGUCCCUUCAGAUGCACCAGGCGCUAAAAUCUGCUCUGAGAGAGAAACUCAAGAUGUUGCUCCAGUGAUGCAGAUAUCCCCAGAGGAACCUUCGCUUAAUGAAACUUCAGGAUCUGGGACAGUCAUAACUGGUGAACUCAAUGCUUUCUCCCUAAAUAGUCAAGUUACAGACAGAAGUGUGCUGAUUGACGCAGACAUAAGGAAAGCUGUAGCUGGAAACUGUCAGCAACAUGGAGCUAAAACCUGUGAUCAUAAAAAAAGCAACGAUGAAGAUGUACCAAUUUCCACAGCUCCCGAAGCUUGGUCUCCAGGACAUGACACUAACAUAAUUUCUGAUGUUUAUGAGGAUCCCAACUUAGUGAAAGUAGUAGUUCCUUCAGUUCAUACAAUUAACGUGGAAUCAGAAAAAACAACUCGAGAUGAUUCCAAACUUUAUAUUGCUUGUCAAGAAAAUGUGGGUGAAAGUGGGCCACAUGUGGAACUGGCACCUCUUACAUCCAUAAAUCCUGGAACCUUUUUGAAGGAUUCUUCCGGUGGUCAUGAAGAUCCAGAUCUUAUAAAUCAAGAACCUCCUUUGGGACCUCCUGUUAUCGAGGCAUUGACAGAUAUAGCUGACAAUAGUGAAGUUGGUGUUGCUUACUCGAAUAGACCACAUAUUGUCUCCAGUUCUGUAACAGACAAGGAGGGCUUUGCACCUACACAAGACACCAAAGCUCUAGGGGUGUUAGACAGAGAACAGGAUUUAAACAUAAGAAUCUCUUCUAAUGUGCAAGAAGGCAAUGGUAAUUCCCUUGAAUAUGCGAGCUCUAUGUAUAAUGCUGUUAUCAUUUAUGAUGAAACGAUCUCAGAUCAUAGCAAUGCGUGUGCAGGGCACAGAGAAAGGCCACCACCACCUACCUUAUCAGAAGAUAAAUGUGGAAUUGUUGAUUCUGAAUCGGUCUGCAAUGAUAAUGCGGUUCACUCAGGUGGCCUCGGCAGCUUCCCAACUGUGGCUCCAGAAAAUGUCACACAAAUAGUAGAAUCAGUUGUUGAGCUUGUGAUCCCUGUGGCUCCAAUGGAACGUGACAUGCCACCUGCAGUGACUGAUGAUGAGGUUACUGAGAUAAGGGAUGUCAUCCCAUCUGAAGAUGAAAAAGCCUGCUAUGCAGAGGAAAAUAUACUGCUAGCUUAUGGAGAGCGGGGUGAUCAGAUUUUGGAUUUAAAAAGAAGCAUGGAAAAGCAUGUUGUUGUUUCCAGCAUGGUAUAUGCUCCUGCAAAAAGGGAACAUGAGGAAGAGAAAACACCUUUUGUUCCUCACAUUCAAGAGAAACUUCAUUUGGAAUUGCAACCAAAUCAAAGCGAUCAUGAAUUUCUGAUUGACUCAACAGGUUCUGAUAUGGCAAUGCAUGUCGCUGAGGAGGAAAAAUCUUCUCAUGAACACCUUACAGAAGCUUGUAACGCAAGCUCUGCCAAUCCCCUUGAAGAUAGUGCCACAAAAGACAGCAUAAGGGAACUGAUUCAUUCAGACGCUGCUGAUGGUUUUCCAGUUGAGGAACAAAAAAUUCUGCCUAUCACUGAUGAUGCAAAGGCUAUUGAAAGGAGAGAGAGUGCAAUCCCAGCUGGAGACGCAAACUCCAGCAGUUCAUAUGAAAAAACUAUAGUAGUUUGUAAGGAGCUGGAUGAGCAGUUCAAGGACUUCAAAGGAAGCCCAAACAAGCAUGUUGACGAUUCCAGUAUGGUGCUUGCUCCUGUUGAAAGGGAACUUAAGGAAGAUCAGCUACCAUCAGAUCCUCAGUGUCAGAAGAAGGUUCAUAAAAAAAUAGGAUCAAAUCAGAACCAUCUAGAUGAAUCACAGAACAAUAUAAAAGUUAAUGAGAUAGCAUUGCACAUCUCUGAUGAUGAAAAAUCAUCUUCAGCAUAUCUUACAAAAUCUUCUGGGCCAUGCUUUGUUAGUCCCCUUGAGGACAGUAGUUUGAAAGAACCGAGACCAGAAAUGGUUGAAUUGGCCUCUUCUGAUGGUACCAAAAUUAAGGAUCUACAAAGUGAGGAUGGUGUCACUACCUCCAAGUCAUAUGUUGAAACUUCAGCGUCUGGAGUCAAUGGUACUCAUGCUCCGAUUUGCCAAACGGACAAUGUAGAAGGUGGAGACAAUUUCCCUACUGGGAAUGUGGUUUUACCACCGGUUGUUGUCAAAGCAGAAGCUGGAAACCAGGUAGCAGAGAAAGCUGAUAGUAGUGUUAGUUUGAAAAUCAACGUGGUCUCUGAGGCACAUCAGAACAGUGGAAACCUGGUAGCAGAGGAAGCUCCUAGUAGCGAUAAUUUGAAAACCAACGUGGUCUCUGAGGCACAUCAGAACAGUGAUGGUGCCGACAUGUUUGAGCCACCUUCUUUCAUGACCCUAGUUGAGGUGGCUGGAGAUCAUGGUGCAAAGCUAAAACCUCCUGAAAUGAAACCAGAAUAUGCUGUUCAGAAACCAACAUCUCCUGCCACUGAAGCUGCUUGGUUUCCUUCUCUGCCCUCAGUAGUAAAUGACUCUGGAGCAAGGAAGAAAAAUGAAGAGAGUAUCACAAAAGCUGUAAAUUCAAAGAGAGCCCGCACCCCUUUAAAAAAUCUUCUUGUAGAAAACACAGAGAAAGGAGGAACUAAAGUUGAAGAUCUUAAAGCAACAGCAAAAGACGAUGUUAAAUCAGAAGGCACAUUGGUGAUGAAGACGAAAGCAGAAACAAAGGCUCCUGAAUUGGAAUCUGACAAAGUUCGUUCAUCAAAAUUCAAGCUAGACUCUUCAGCAACAAUUACUGCUAGUACAGGUAUCAUUUCCCCGCCAAAGCUGUUUGGCAAUAAGAAAGACAAGCGGAAGAACAGGGGACUACAUUCUUGGAUGUAUGUAUGUUGCUCAUCUAUCAAUUAGUGUCAAGUAAAGAUGCUCUCUCUCUCUCUCUCUCUGUCUUGUGCAUUUUUAUCUUUGAGGGAGGUGUUGGUAUGUUUUUAGCAAGCUUUGGACAUCCUGAUGAAAGGCAGUGAUACUAGUAAUAAAGUCUGUAGAAAAUUGUGUAUGUUGAGAGUAUAGUAGGCCUUCAGAAUGUUGUCUGUAAUGUUUGUUAGACUUGGUGGGGGAGAUUGUGAAACUCCAACGUUUUUGUGUUAUGUUUGUUUCAAGUUCGUGGCAUGUUAAUGCAUGAGAGGAUAGUGCUA